AUGUACAUCAAGGCAGCCGCUUCUGCCUUGAAUUCUGUUCCACGAGGGACGGGGUUUCUCGACCAUUAUGAUGUCCAAUUAGUCAAAUGUCGAGCCAUUGUUCUACGUUUACAGGAGUUUUUACGCAUUCUGAAAAUCCUCAACACAACUUCAAAACGCAGGACUGAAGCCCGUUUCAUCAUUCCCCUUACAAACUAUAUUUUGGCACUUUACGGAUGUUUUACCUUAAACAUCUCGGAAGCACUGAACAAGAAACUUCUGGGUAUCAGCGAGUUCAAAACAGUCGCAGUACCAGAUUCGAUACCCGGAUUUGAAGCAAGUUCAGUGGACAUUCGAAUUGAGCUUGCAGCUGUGGGAUCGGAUCUCGAAGAAGUCAAGAAAAACGUCUAUAAUGUACAACUGCAAGGACAAACUUUGGAAAGUGCGAUCAAAAUAACCACUACGGCAUUGCAAGUUGCAGAGCGUGUUUACGGCAUGUCUUUAACGGAGCGCAGCUUCAACAGACAGCCAGAUAUUUCUGGAAGACGUUUCGAUCUAGACGAGACAGCAUUUGAUGAGCUUAUACGACCUGGUGAGGUUUCUAUGGCCUUGGAUCUUGCUGUUCUAAUAAAAAACUAUGAUUUGGAUACUUCUGAUGCUUCAUUCGAGAAACUCAAUCUACAAGUAUUGACCAAGUUCAGAGAGCAUAUGAACGAAAAAGCCUUGAGGCCCGUCAAAUCUUACCACACGUCGCUAUUUCGGUUCUCUAAAGCCGCAUCUGCUAGUCAGGCCAAGAUUAUAAUGAACUUACCACAUUGGCAAUACACGAUGCACCGAAUGUAUGCAUUGCUUUUGAGAAUUCUGUACAUUCUUUCCAUCACAAAGGCUUUCCUGAGGCAAGUUUACAUUCCCAACAGGCAACACUUAGUAGCGCCCAAAACGCAGCUUCGAUCUACAAACGUUUAUGAAUAUCAAGAGCUGCUAGAAAAUGUGCGGAGAAUUUGUCUGGACGACAAUGAUCUCGAUGAGCUAGUCAAUUUUGUCAACAGCUACAACCGGAGUGGCUCCUUUCUCAUGGUUCAACCAGCAAAUAUCUCAGAAUUUUUCAACACUGAUAUCUCAAGUGCUAUUCGCAAACUAAGACUAUACUUCCAAAUUGUAGAUUCUUGGAUUAAGAUGUGGACGCAUAUUCAAGAGAGUGGAGAAGCGAUGGAAAACCUUGAUGUUUUACCUGAGUCAGAACUGAUUAAGCUCGUGGAAGAGCGUCUUGCUAAUGAUAAACUAGAACUCAUGGAGAGGAAAAACCAAGAGAAAGCUGCGAAGAAUGAGGCAGCGAACAACGAAAUGGAUAGAAGUCCUCCCCUCAAAGAUGCUGCGAGGUCUACUCCGAUCAGAACUGUCUUCAGAAGAUCAUCCUUGCAACGGUCAAGUCUCUCUCCUACGGGCAGUGAUGCGUCUCCACCAAGCUCACUCUCUCCCCGGGCGCUUAGUAGGUCACCUUCGCUGAAUAAUAAAAAGACAACCAUCCUCGCCAGAGCACCGAGAAAUGGUAGCAACUUAUCUUCGCCGGUCGUGUCUAGACGUGGAUCUGUUUCAGAAAAUGAGCGAACCGCUGGUAUAAAAUCACCCGUGGUUGGGAAACAUGUCAGUGGUGGUAAUGACCGUACACGUGCCCCAGGAAGAAAACGGUCUGCUUCUUUGCAGUCAGGGUUGCAUCCUUCUUCCGAGCCUGCUCCUUACGGUUUGCCCGGUGACACCACGCGAUCUAACUCUUUGCAAGCUGGGGCAAGUCUUAAUCAGCGUAUGAUACGCAAUUCAUUUGCCCAAGUGUCUGGUAACUUGCUGGGUGGUAACUCUAAUUCGCAAAGGGGACCAACUGUUGUUUCACCAACGCCGCUGAAAAAUCCCGCAAAAGCAGUGCGAUCGGCUUCGCCCUCGCCCAUUUCCAGGGACAAGUCUCCUUCUAAGUCCCAACUCGAUGGUCGAGGAAUCGAUGAUCUUCCAAAUAUAGGGUCCUUGGUUCUGGAUGAUGAAAAGUUAGCACUCGUUUCCCUAAAGUUCAGUUCUGAAAGCAGCGACUCUCAUGUCUCGGGUAGUUCGAGUGAAGCGGGCAUGGAUGGAGGAGAAAACAGGCCGGUUCAAGAUGAGAGUGAAAAUCAGGUCAUGGACAUGGAUGUAAAUGUCACUGUGAAAAGAGUCCGGUUCACUGGGGUCCCGCCAUUCUCUACCAAUGAAGACCCACGUCCCAAAAGAAGAGGCUGGUACAAAAAACCAGCAGUCUUGCGCUAUCCACCUCCCCCACCCCAAUAUGCUAUACAGAAAUACACACUGCGACAAGAGGGCGCUACUUUCCACAACAGUUUGCGGGAGAAUGAACUCGAAGGCAACAGUACAGCUCCAAAAAGGUCGUCACUUCUUGUACAGUCGGAUACAACGAGCACUUCUGGGCACAGGCUGGCUUCCAAAUUGCGGGAUAAGCUUAUUCGAUGA